CAUCAUCCAUCACUUACACACAUCUCCUCUUGCAAACCAACAUAAAACACUAACUAAGAGAUCAAUAUGGCUGGAGUGAUGAAGUUGGCAUGCUUGGUCUUGGCCUGCAUGAUUGUGGCCGGCCCAAUCACAUCAAACGCGGCUCUAAGCUGUGGCUCAGUUAACAGCAACUUGGCACCGUGCAUUGGCUACGUGCUCCAAGGUGGUACCAUUCCCGCAGGGUGCUGCUCCGGCGUUAGAAACCUCAACAACAUAGCCAAGACGACCCCAGACCGUCAGCAAGCUUGCAAUUGCAUUCAAGGUGCCGCUAGAGCCCUAGGCUCUGGUCUCAACGCUGGCCGUGCUGCUGGAAUUCCUAAGGCAUGUGGAGUCAAUAUUCCUUACAAAAUCAGCACCAGCACCAACUGCAAAACCGUGAGGUGAUGAGCAAGACAACUUUAUAUAAAAUUUCAGACUUGAA